AUGGCUCUUUUUACACCACCGCCAAUUCCUAGCUCUUCGUCUUCUUCGUCCUCUUCCUCUGGCCGAUCGGCCUCAGGGUCCUCUUCGGAUUCUGCUUCUCAACAGCAACCACCUGCAGACCCCGCCACACGCUAUCCAAAUCCAUCUUUUGGUCUCAACAUUUGGGGACCUCUAGUCCCAGCAUCGGACUGCCGCGAGUGUCUUUAUACCCUUUCAUUUUUACAAAUUGCUGGAGGUCUAUUCCUUUGGUGGGUCCCAGCAAAAGGUGCUUUUACUCCCCAAUACCAAUAUCGACAACAACCUUAUACACCCCCCACCCCUACAACAUCUCCAACGGGCCAAGCUGUCCCCCCAUCAUUCACACAAUACGCCCCUUAUGAUGGCCGUAAAGGACCAACUGGUUCCGCAUUUUCUUCUUCAUCUUCUGCAUUUUCCUACGGCCAACGCCCAUUAUCAGGUGCCGCCCUUUGGCGUAACCGUUUCAUCCGCGCUUCCAGCAUCUUCUCCGGCGCAUACCUCAUGUUUUUUGCAGGCCUCGAGCUGGUACGUCUUCAAUUACCAUAUGACCCUUGGGCUGAUGAUGCUGCUCAAGCUCGCAGGCGUGCUAAUGAUAAAAUUGUUGCUGCCGGUGGCCAAAAUGUCUCGUCCUGGUUUGGUCCCAGAGGUUACCGUGCUGUUGAAUACCGCGAAUGGAAACGAAGAGUUGAUGAGAAUCUGGAAAGCCGUGGAUUGCGAUUUUACAAUAAACCUUUGGGUACUACAGCUACCUCUCAACAGCAACAGCAACAGCAACAGCAACAACAACAGGAUGAAAUUCCUCUGGAAAUUGAGCAAAGCGGCUUUAAAAAAAUUACAGUGCGUGAGGGUAUUCGAAUGAAAAAUAGACAGCGUGCCCAAGAACUUCUCGAUGUGAUUGAAGAAUUUGAAAAUCUCCAGCGUGAACGUGGAGAGAAUAAUGACAAUGAUGAUUUUUACGAUGAGUUUACUAGCGAAGCUGGUCUUGCAUCCCCGGCACCAGAAAAAAAGAACCCAUCCAAACCAAAAAUACCAUCCGUCACCAAUGGCCCAAUACAUUUCAAUGAUCAAACCCAAUUGAGUAUGGAAGAAGAGGCGGAGUUGGAGGAACAACUUCAAGCACUGGCUCCACGUGAUCCAGACGAUUGUGACGAAACAGCCGUCAUGAAUUCGUGGCAAAACUUUGGCAUCCAGAAUAUGGUUUACUAUCGAGCCAUCAUCCAUCACGCAGAGCCAUGGGCCCGCCAAUUUUCUUACGACCAAGCAAUUAAUGAUGAAGAAGAAGAAGAAAAAGAAGAAAAAGAAGAAAAAGAAGAGAAAGAUGAUGAUUCUGGAAAGGAUAACAAUAAAGAUGACGACAAAAAUAGUACUAGCAAGCAUGACAUCAUAAUCAUUGGGAGUGAUGAAGCCUCGGAUUCUAAAGGUAUCGAAGAAAAGCUUCUCACUGAAAUUGUCAACAAGGAAAUUGAACAACAACGCAAGGACCAUCCCGAUGGUGUUGUUGAUUAUCCCAAAUUCGUAGAGAUUCUUAAAAACACCCUAGAGCGUUACAAUUAUACGGUUUCUAAUCAGGAUAAAGAUGAAUCUAUUACCACUAAGGACAAUGGUGAUGGUGAUAGUGAUGAUGAUGGAUAUGACUACUUUGUUCCUGAAAAAAAAAACAACAAUGAUGACGAAAAAGAUCUCGAUGAUGAUCUUAAAAUUAAGUUUGAUAAUGAUAAUAAGCCUCCUAAAAGUUGA